AUGGGAUGGUGGCAACGAAUACCUCUCCUGGCGAAUGUCGAUGUAUUAUCCCUUGAUGAUAACCAAGGCGAUAUCCUUGAAACAUUCAAAUUCCGACAGAGUGUCGCCCGACCCGAUUUUUUGGAUAUGUACAUGACUGUUGAAGGAACUCUGCUCUUCUCGGAGUGCGAGCCAAAAGUGAUUAUUGACGACCGUACUCUUGAGACGGGACUUUGUCUCUGGGUCCAAUAUCAGAACAAUGGAAGACGGGAGAGAGCGUGGCGAGCUCAGAUGUUUAUGAUGGAAUUUCCGGACAAUUUUCGCGCAGUCCAUCCUAAUAUGGAGCCGUUGGAUGGGGUACUGAUAUACAUGGAGCCUGAGGAACUCGGAGAUGAAGAUCCAGACCCGGAGGUCAUUUUAGAAGAUGAGCCGUCAGUAAUUCCACUCCUGGUGCUGGUAGUGGGGGGUGGUCCUAUUAAGAUGAUAGGGUUGAUAUGCAACGUCCGUUCGUGGAAAUCUACCCGAGCCACAGACGAGAUGAUGUAG